AUGCCUCAUCAUCGUCGUCGUUCUAGUUCAUCUUUGGUGGGUGGAAGACAUCCAAGCUUACAACAUGCAGGACCCGACGUCUCCGAAUUGACUCUGCUCAAAGAAGAAUCACACUCUGGGGACCACUUUCUUACCCCUGCACAGUUAGAAGUUGUUUUUCGAACCAACAUCAUCACUGGCCUUACGGAAACAUUCGCAAAGGAAAUGCUAGAGACCUAUGGACCUAAUAAGCUAAAAGAGCUCAAAGGGAAUAGCUACUGGAAAAUUUUCAGACACAAUCUCUUUGGAUGGUUUCAAUGCGUACUUUGGUGCGGAGCUAUAUUAAAUUUUGUUGGUUAUUUCUUCUCUGACACACUAGAUUCUGGAGAUUCUUCCGGACACAGCGGUAAGGAAUACCUUUACUUGGGUUGCGUUAUCACAGCUACUAUUGUUGGCACUGGACUUUUUGGGUUUUAUCAAGAAGCUAAGAACAUGGCAGUUAUGAGUGGUUUUGAAAAUUUAGUUCCUCCGAACGCGACUGUUAUACGAGAUAAUACUAAAAAGGUUAUCCCAAAUUCUGAUGUGGUCAUAGGUGAUAUUGUGGAAAUGACGGGAGGGGAAGUGGUGCCAGCGGAUGUUAGAAUUCUUUCAUGCACUAAUUUUAAAACUGAUAUGUCUUCACUUACCGGCGAGUCUGAACCAAUCCAACACCGACCUGAGUGCACUAACUCAAAUCCACUAGAAUCGAAAAAUAUGGUCUAUUUCGGGUGCCCGAUCAAUGAAGGGUCUGCCAAAGGGGUGGUUGUGGCAACAGGAGAGAUGACGCAAAUAGGAAAAAUCGCUGGUUUAGUUACUGGCUUAGAAAAAGAAGAAACGCCUAUUGCCAAAGAAAUUACGCAUUUUAUAAAGUUGAUAUGUGGCGUUGCAUUUACAUUUGGUAUAAUGUUUUUCAUUAUGGUAUUCGUAAUUCAAAAAAGUUGGUUAAGUGCCCUCCAAUACAUGCUCGGUAUUAUCUUAGCGAAUGUGCCGGAGGGUCUGAUUGUCACAUUGACGGUAUGUAUGACUUUAUCUGCUAACAAUUUGAAACAGAAGAACUGUUUAGCUAAAACACUACAAGCUGUAGAAACAUUAGGCUCAACUUCGUGUAUUUGUUCAGAUAAAACUGGAACAUUGACUGAAAAUCAAAUGAACGUAUCGCAUUUGUUUUGUAACUUUGUAAUUUUUGACAAAAAUGAUCACGAACAUGUUUCGGACCCUUCAUAUGCAACUUUGAGUUUAGCUGCAUCUUUAAACCUUAAGGCUACGUUUGCACAUGACACCAUCAAUCUACCAAUUGAGAAAAGAAAAAUAUUAGGAGACGCAUCUGAAUCGGCGAUUUUGCGAUACAUGGAACUUAACCGCUCUGCAACACAAAUAAGAGAGAAUAACCCUAAAGAAGCGGAGAUACCGUUUAGUUCAGCUUACAAAUACCAAGUUACUAUUCAUCGUAUGCAGGCAACACACAGCUAUUAUUUAAUUAUGAAAGGUGCUCCAGAAAUUGUCCUAGAAUUUUGCACAACAGUAUCAACUGACGAAGGAGAUGUACCUUUAUCUCCUCAAAUUAAGAAAGAGCUAAAAGCAAGCUUUAUUAAACUUGCAAACAUGGGCGAACGGGUUAUAGGUUACUGCGAUUAUAACUUGGCAUUGGCUAAUUAUCCUCUAGGUUACAAGUUUGAUACACAGCAAAGAAACUUUCCUGUUGAGAAUUUAAGAUUCGUAGGCGCAAUAUCAAUGAUAGAUCCUCCUCGACGCGAUAUAGAUAAAGCUAUUGGUUUAUGUCGACAGGCUGGUAUACGGGUCAUCAUGGUAACAGGAGACCAUCCGGUUACCGCAUUGGCUAUAUCCAGGCAGUGUGGAACUAUUACACAGCCUACAGCAUACGAUUACGCUUUUGAACAUCAUAUUGAUUUAGCAGAUGUUCCACCGCUAAUUAAAAGCCAAUUUAAAGCAGCUGUUAUCACUGGCGAUGAAUUACGAAAGAUGAGUGAAAAAGAUUUGAUAAUGGCACAGAAAAGAUAUAGAGAAAUCACUUUUGCGCGAACUAGCCCACAACAAAAAUUAUUCAUUGUUGAAACGUAUCAAUCGCUAGACCAUGUUGUAGCUGUAACGGGUGAUGGAGUCAAUGACUCGCCAGCUUUGAAAAGGGCUGACAUCGGAAUAGCAAUGGGUAUAACUGGAACAGAAGUAUCCAAGCAGGCUGCGGAUAUGAUACUAUUAGACGACAAUUUUGCGUCUAUUGUACUGGGGAUACAGGAAGGUAGGCGUAUUUUCGACAAUUUAAAGAAAACCAUAGCUUAUACGCUUACAUCAAACACUCCUGAAAUGUUGCCCUUCGUUCUGUAUGCAUGCGUAGGAAUGCCUCUGCCAAUGACUUUAAUAUUAAUAUUGGUAAUAAAUGUUGGAACUGAUCUAUUACCCGCUAUGAGUCUAGCUUACGAGACGUCUGAGGAUGACAUAAUGUCUCUCCCACCUCGUAAGCCAACAGAUCAUCUUGUAAACAGAGUUCUCAUAUUCAUGGCAUAUUUUCAGGUCGGUAUGAUCCAAUUCUUUGCUGGAAUGUAUGCUUACUUUAUUGUGUUCGCCCAAAGUGGAUUCUUUCCCUCGAGUAUUUUAUUUGUUCGGCAAGAUUGGGAGUCUCCCAAUGCUUUGGUGAAAGAUACUUUGGGAAGACAAUGGCUGUUCGGCGAUAGGAAACGAGUGGAAAGACGAGCCCAAACUGCAUAUUUUGUUGCUAUAUGUUGGACACAAAUAUCUGAUGUAAUCAUUUGUAAGACACGACGUAUAUCCUUACUUCAAAAGGGCAUGCGAAAUCAUGUUCUCAACAUGAGUAUCGUGGUUGAUUUGAUUGCGGCACUUGUGGUAACUUACCUUCCACUCUGCCACGAGGUUUUUGGCACUGAACCUAUCUCCUGGCAUGAUUUCUUUCUGGCCACGCCUUUUUUCAUUCUCAUGAUCCUUGGUGAUGAAUUUAGAAGAUACUUAAUAAGACGCAAUGUAUCUAAGUGGGUUGAAAGAGAAACCUAUUAUUAA